CGGGGUGUCCUGGGGAAAUCAACUGCGCGUGGCUUUGUGCUGCUUAGCCUGGCUGGGAAAAGAAGGGGACAUUCGUUAAGGACCGGGAAAGGCCGAUGAAAACAGUCCGGUGGAAUAAGGCCCGUGCAAUCCAUUUCAUAAGUACUGAUUCCCAGAUGCACUGUUUAUUAUUUAUGUAAUGUCAGAGAAGGAAUCCCCGGCAAAAAAGAGAGCACGGAAGACCUUAUCAUUAUCCAAUAGAAAAAGUAGAAAUCAAACAGUCACAGGUAAUGCAGUUAAGAAGACCCCCACUAUUAUUCAGUUCUUCAACAAUGUCCCACCUGUCAAACUUGCCUGUCCUAUUUGUGGUGAAAUGGUUUCAAGAUUUUGGAUAAAUGAACACAUUGAUGCCAACUGCCAAAGUCCGCAGAAAAGUGAUAGAAAGGAUUUGAAAGGUAUUAACUCCAAAAGUCUGUUGCGGGAUAUCUCAAACCCAGAGACUAGUGAUUCCUGCACAAGAACCCCAGAGAAAGUAAAGACCCCUGAAACGAGUCAUUCAUUCACAAGAACCCCAGUAAAGAGCCUGAAGUCUGCUGGGUGUGUGAGCACCCCAGAGAAACCAAGGAGCACCGAUGGUCACAAUGCAUCAUCAGAGCCUGAAACUGAGAGAAAACGGACAAGUCCUUAUUUUGAAAAACAAGCACUUCAACAGCCGCAACCAAGACAAUACUCGUCAAAGGUUGUUAGAAAAAUUAAUCUGGGUAGCCUUGCAUCAAAACUGUCAAAAAAGAAAACGAAAGAGCAUUCAGACUCUUCUCAGGUGUCUCAUCAGGAAACUCUUCAGGCUACAGAUUGCCAGCAUCCUCUUUUGGUGGGGGAGACUGACAGCCUGAGUUCUUCUCAGAAGGAAAACCACUGCUUUGAGGAUUGUGAUUUAACAAAUGUGGAUGACACUAAUACAGAAAUGCUUGAUUUAUGUACAAGGAAUAGUGAGAAACAAGAAUCGGUUCAGAGUAAAAUACCUGAGCCGCUGCUAUCUGGAGCUGCUUCAUCUUCGUUUCAGGCACUUGUCUCUUUUCAGCUGAAUCAGUCCAAUGGAAACCCAAACAUAAAGGUAAACAAAGAGUUCACAGCUCUAGGAACUCACGACUUGGAUAUAUCUGAAGAAAGUGUAAACCUGUCGCUUUUAAAAGACAGCAUGGUCAAGCACAGUGAUGACAAUAAUAUGCCAAACUUGAAAAGAGAAAUAGACUCCUCUGCUGAAAACCUAGGUGCACAAACUCUUUCUGUCUCAUCUUUGUUUGCUUCAAGAGAAGCUGCUGAAUAUAUUUCAAAUGCAGUAAGUCAAAUUCCAGAGAGCAAAAAGGCAAAGGACCAUUCAGAAGAGUUACAACGGCUUCCCUACUAUUUACGCAAUUUCCUAAUUGUCCUGCACACGGUGAUGGGAAAUGAGGAGGACAGACAGCUUUUUAAUGAAGAGGAUCUUGCAGCCAUCGAUUCAUUUCAGAAGCUUUCAGUUGCAGGGCAAAAGCUUUAUGUAAGGCUUUUUCAGAGGAAGCUGAACUGGUUGAAGGUGAGCAAGUUGGAAUACUCCGAGAUCAGUACUGACCUUGGGCCUGUUAUCCACGAACUCGUGUCAAGUGAUUUUCUGCAAGCAGAAUCUGACCUAGAUAACGUCUCGGAGGUUCUUGAACUUCUAUCAGCACCAGAUCUGAAAACUCUGGCUAAGACCUUCCACUUGACCAACCCCAGUGGACAGAAGCAGCAGUUGGUGGAAGAUUUCCUACGUCUGUCUAAACAACGUUCACUCUUUGAAUCUGGAAACAAACAAUCUAGGGCUGGCUUGGCAAUCCUUAAGAAGGCCAAAGAGCUAGCUGGUAAGUGUGUACGUGUGUGUAAAGGCCCACGUAAUGUCUUCUCCCGGGUUUUGCUUCUCUUCUCUCUUACUGACUCUAUGGAGGAUGAGGAGGCAGCCAGUGGUGGUCAAGGACAGCUGUACACCAUUCUUAUGGUCAACAUGGGUCGAAUGAUAUUCCCUAGCUAUGUAGUACAAAGAAAAACUAAGGUCUUCCUCACCCGGGAUGAUGUGCUCAGAUAUGAAGCAGCAAUGCAUAUGCUAAAUAAUAUAUCGGCCUCAAUGCUGAGUGGUCACUGGGAGGAAGCCCAUCAGAUUUACCUCGCUGCGAAAGCUAGCUGGAGGGACUUGGCAUUGUCUGCAGACUUAAGCUAUUUUGAGAACCUGCCUGUAUAUCUGCGUUGUUUCUCUGUUGGCUGGGUCUACACACGAAUCCUGUCACGAGGAGUGGAGGUUUUGCAGAGGCUACGCAUGUACAAGGAAGCAGUAGAAGAGCUUCGUAACUUACUCUCUCAAACUACUUACUGUCCUGAUAGCAGAGGGAGAUGGUGGGAUCGCAUGGCUCUUAAUUUACAGCAACAUCUUAAAUGUAUCGAUCAGUCUAUACAUUGCAUUAAAGAAGGUCUGUCUGAUCCACUGGUUCGGACAGGACAUCGACUGUCCCUCCUCCAACGUGCUGCUAGAAUGAAAGAAUCACCAAGUUGUAAAAAGCACUGGAAACUUCUCCAGGAUGUCCCAUCUAUGGAUGUGCAAGAUGUCUCACAUGUGACCAUUCGAGGAAAGAUGUGUCCACAGAUGGGAAUGGGAAAAUCAGUGUUCUUGAUGGAGGACAUUGUCCAGUCGCAGGGACAAAAUGAAAGACACUCCACCUCAUCAGAGACUGUCAUGUGCUCAGUAGAAGAGCUGGCACUGGCUCAUUACCGACAGCAAGGUUUUGAUCAAGGGAUUCAUGGUGAAGGAUCAACAUUCUCCACGCUGUUUGGCCUCUUCAUGUGGGAUAUUAUUUUUAUGGGUGGCAUUGAAGAUGUUUUUAGAAACGCAUAUCAGGUUUGCCCCUUGGAUUUGCACACAGACAGUUUCUAUGAGAACAGGAAGACGCCAAUAAAAGAGCGGCUAGAUCUGCUGCAGGAGGCCAGUGUGGAGACCCUACAGAUGCUCGUGGCAGAGACCUGGAACUCCCAGCAUGGGAAAAUAAACCCACUGGUCAACUGGGAACGCUUUGUAUCCCUUGAGCAAGCACAGAGUUUAGCUGCUUGCCUUGGAGGAGUCUUCCUAAGUGGGAUGGUCAGAAGAUUUUGCAAGGACUACAGGCACUGCAGAGGGGGGCUUCCUGACUUGGUUGUGUGGGAAACACAAACCCUGAAGUACAAAUUAGUUGAAGUCAAGGGGCCCAAUGAUCGACUGUCACACAAGCAGAUGAUCUGGCUGGAUGAGCUGCAUAAACUGGGAGCACAAGUGGAGGUGUGCCAUGUUACUGCUAUUGGAGCAAGGAGUCUACGUGUAAGCUAAGGACUGUAAGCCUCUUCCAUUCAUGUGAUUUUUAUAUAAUAAAUUAUGAAAUUAA